UAGAAACUGUUGCAAGUGACAAACCACUUCCUGCCUCGCAAGAGCUCCCCCGUCCGCGCUUCCCAUCGCAAUAUUUCGCAGGAACGGAACGGAAAACAGACAUCGAUUACCGAUUUGCACAGCUGAAGUGUAAAGGUUCGCCGGUAUGUUUUCUGCCAGCUUUUCGAGCUUUUCGAUCGAUAUUGGACAGUUGGACUGGAACGGCGUUACGACCAACCACCGAGUCACCAAGUGUCUUCGAGAAUGAAUUGGGUGAUCGUUUUGUUGUUUGCUGCUGGGUGCGGUAUCUGUGACGCUCAGUCCACCACCGUCCGGAAUCUUUCUGCUACGACUUUCAGCACCAGCAACCAGUCGCAGGAAGCGUUUAAAGGACUAGUUCCGGUGCCGCCAGGAGCUAGCUGCCCCAUACGCACCUGUGGACGCAACGAGGUACUGAAAGUAUGUGGCUUAUGUUACGACAACACUUGCUCCGGACGGUCCGUGCAAGUGUGCAGCAAAGUCUGCUACUGCGGUUGCUACUGUAGGAUUGGGUUCGUUCGGACAACCCCCAACGGACGGUGCGUUCUGCCGAAGCAGUGUCCAAUCCUUCCUAUCGUCUAGCCGAAGCGGACGGUGAACGUGGAACCGUUUUCGGAAGCUGAUGACGCUAAUUUACCUCAUUUAUUUGGGUGUGUAUGUGUUUGUACGAGCAUCACAUAGAGGAAAUGAACUAAACACGGAAAAGAACUUUAAUCGGAGAGUUGCUCUAUGACAAAAAAUACA